CAUUGUUCGUUUGCUCCAUGCAUUUGAGAAUGGGAGGCAACGAGACCGACAGGCUUGCACUGCUAGCCAUCAAAGCUCAAAUACAGCAAGAUCCUCAUAAUGUAUUGAGCUCCUGGAAUGAAUCCUUUCACUUUUGCUCGUGGCACGGUGUCUCCUGCAGUCGACACCAUCGCCAGAGGCAGAGGGUCACAAAGCUGAACCUGCAAUCUCAAGACCUGGUAGGGUCCCUAUCUCCAAACAUAGGAAAUCUAAGUUUCCUAAGGGAACUAGAACUACAAAACAACAACUUCAGCAGUAAAAUCCCUCCAGAAAUUGGGAAUUUGCGUAGAUUGCAGGUACUAUCUCUACACAACAACUCAUUUAGUGGCCCUAUUCCAUACAACAUAUCAUAUUGCUCCAACCUCAUCUUCAUGAAUUUCGGUUUCAAUGGGUUGGUGGGUAACCUUUCCUCUCUGGAGCCUAUUCCCUCAUCUAUGAUUGGGUUGAAAGCCUUAGAAGAAUUAGACCUUUCUCGCAACAAUUUGUGGUGUGAAAUUCCAAAAUUUCUAGAGCGUUUUGUCUUAUUGAAGAAACUAGACCUAUCUUUCAAUAACUUUUGGGGAGCAGUACCAACUGGAGGUGCUUUUGAAAAUGCAAGAGUGAUUUUAAUUACUGGCAACCCCAUGCUCUGUGGCGGAAUUGCUAAUCUCCAACUGCCCAAUUGCGAGUCCCCGAAGGGAGGAUCAUCUCGUAGCUUGAUAAUCCGUUUAGUACUCUCUGGACUUGCUCUUCUCGGAAUUGCUAUGGAGAUGUACUAUUUCUUUCUUUGUUCGUCGAAAAAGAAGAGGAAAGAAAUUCCAUUGAGCACAUUGCCGAACUCUCUUGUGCAAGUGUCAUAUGCUACUCUCCUAAAAGCUACUGAUGAGUUCUCUUCCGCUAAUCGGAUUGGUGCAGGCAGUUUUGGGUCUGUGUACAGAGGAGUUCUUUAUGAUGAUGGUAAAGCCCAGCUUGUUGCUGUGAAGGUGUUCAACUUGUUGCGGCAUGGAGCAUCAAAGAGUUUCAUAUCCGAAUGUGAGGCUUUAAGAAACAUCAGGCAUCGAAAUCUUGUCAAGAUUAUAACUGCAUGUUCAAGUGUUGAUUUUCAUGGUCAUGAUUUCAAGGCUCUGGUUUACGAGUACAUGGACAGAGGAAGCUUAGAGGAGUGGCUGCAUCCUCCUACUGAAAUUGAAGAGGUAAGAGAGGCACUCAAUCUAGAGCAAAGACUAGACAUUGCCAUUGAUGUUGCUUGUACAUUGGAUUAUCUUCAUAAUUAUUGCGAAACACCAAUAGUUCAUUGUGAUCUCAAGCCGAGCAAUGUUCUUUUGGAUAACGAGAUGACUGGACAUGUUUCUGACUUCGGACUCGCAAGAUUUCUCUCCCAAAAAACUGGUACUAAUGCUUCAGAAAAUCAAACAAGUUCCAUUGGAAUAAAAGGAACGGUUGGUUAUGCUGCUCCAGAGUACGGUAUGGGAAGUGAGGUGUCAACAAAUGGAGAAGUCUACAGCUUUGGUAUUCUUAUGUUAGAGAUGUUCACAGGAAAGCGACCCACCGACGACAUGUUUUAUGGGGACCUAAACCUUCAUACUUUUGUCAAAAUGGCUUUCCCUGAGCGAGUUAUGGAGAUUGCAGAUUCAACACUUUUUUAAGGAGGCAUUAACGAGAGAAGGGUUCGAAAGAUUGAGGUGUGCUUGAAUUCAAUUUUUAGAGUUGGAAUUGAAUGCUCUGCUGAAUCACCAACGGACCGUCUGAAGAAUAUCAGUGAUGCUGCAUCUCAACUGCAUUUCAUUAGAGAUGUUCUUCUUGGCACUACUAAAAAACGGGGCUAAAAGCACAAAUUCCAUUCAUGCUUUUAUGUUAAAUAACACGGAUAUUCGUGAUCUAUAAAGCUGGCCACUUUAAAGUUGUUGAUGCUCUUUAUAGGAGUUUCCAUUCAUUAUAGAGCACAAAUGUAUUAUUUCAUUGCAGAAAUUUAGAGCUCGAAUGAAACAUUUGUGCUUAUAUAGAAGAUGGCCCCCACCAAAA